AGUGGUCGUUCAGGAGAACGGAGAUACCAGAAUGCUGUUAUGUGAUUUAAUGUCUGCUGUCCUUUGUUCUGCAAAGAAAGGAUCAAAUAUCGCAACAAUCAUCCGAUCUAAUGAUGCUUUACUACAAUUACUGGUUGAGGAAAAGAAAGGAGAGCAAAAGAAUGACAGGUUUCUUCAAGAUUUCAAGACACUAGCUGAUGUGUUAAUACAAGAAAUGGUCAGACAUGAUUUAAGUGAAAAGUUUUCAGGUCUAGAAGAUAGCAUAUAUGGUGAAGAAACUAAUAAAUUCACAAACGCACUGGGAGAGACAAUCACAAUUAAACUUUGUUCAACCGAGACUGAAACUCAGUCAUUGCUUGUGAAAGUUUUAGAUGGUAAUAAUAAAGCAGCAGGUUUAUUAAGUCAGUGUCUACACAGUACAGUAUGUUUACCUAUAGAUGAGAGAAUACAACAACUUACGCACACUAUUGAUAAAGAUGAUAUUGGUGUAUGGAUAGAUCCUAUAGAUUCCACUAAUCAAUAUAUACAAGGUGAUAUAGGUGUAGAGAAUGAUAUGGGUAUAAUAGAUGAAGGUUUACAAUGUGUAACUGUAUUAGUAGGAGUAUUUAUAAAGUCUACAGGAUUACCUAUAUUAGGUGUGGUCAUACAGCCCUUUAAUAACUACAAUACCCAAACUCAACAAUGGAGUGAGAAGAUAAUAUGGGGUAUAUGUUAUAAUGAUAUCAAACUAUCAUCUCUGACCACACCCACCACUGCCAACAAUACCAGAAUUAUCAUGAGUACAAGCGAAGACACAGAAGUUAAAGAGAAACUCAGCGAUAAUUUUCAAUUAGAUUUUGCUUCUGGGGCUGGUUACAAAUUAAUCUGUUCAGCACUAGGAUGUGUUAGUGCCUACGUGUUGAGUAAAAGCAGCAUAUAUAAAUGGGAUUGCUGUGGACCCCACGCCAUUUUACUGUCGCUGGGUGGAGGAAUCAUCUCAUUUAAACAGUUAAUGGAGGCACAAAAAUCAGACGUUAGCCAGCUAAAACAGGUCUAUCAUUUAACUAUGCUAAGAUGCUGAGCCAAAAUAGCCAAAACGGGUACCAAGUCAACCCGCCACACCAGUGAGUCAAUCAUACAUAUGAUUUAGAUUUAGUGUAAAUAUGAUGCAGGCAGUCUAAUGCAUUUAAUAUCUAAGCCAUCUGAUGGGUUAGAGAGUUGAUUAGGGCCUGGCAUGUGAAUAAAUGUUUAAAUAAUAAUUUAUAUAACAUUUGAAGCCCAAACAAAGACCUGUAAUAAACAGAUUUAGCUCUUGCAUAAUGCAUCUUUAACAAUAUAAAGAAUUUUACUCUAAUGUGAGGUUACCAUAAGAACUAUAGAUUCAACUGUAUUUUUUGUGUUUUAAGGUAAAAAUCUUUGAAGUUUUUUUUUGAUGGCAUGUAAAUUGACUAACAGGUAAAUUCUCCAGACUGUUAAUUUCCCUGUCAGUCAAUCAGAACUGGCAAUUAUAACUGUAAGGAUACGCCUCGGCUCGUAGCCAUUCUACUGGCUCUAAAUUGAUGUGAAAUAAACCACUAAUGGAAAAUGGCUCUUGAAUGAAACCUAUGGCGAAUUGUCAGUCCCAGAAAUGGCUAUAACAACCAAAGACCACCUACAGCUACAAUUUUUAAAACACGCAUAUUAUAUAAUCUAUUUUUACACUAUAUAUUGCAAUAUUUAUAUAUACCUAUGUCUUUAUAUUUUUAUUUGUUGUUUAGUUAUUAGGUGCCAAUGGAACCGUUAUACAAUAUGAUAGAAAUGACUAGUCUCCACCCAGUUUGGAAUAUUAGUUUCGGGAAAGUCUAUUGUCGGGCUGGUUGGAAGGGUAGUGGGACCGUUUUCUUACGGAACAAUCCAUGUGACGUCUAACCCUAACGUUUUUCAGCAAUACAAUAAACAUUGCAUAAAUUCUGGACACAGAGAACUACUGUCUUCUCUACUUCGAGAAUACAUCUCUGCCCUGAAUGGCUGCCAUAUCCAAAAAUUUGUAAUGCAGUUAUACUCCGUUUUACAUCUGGCAUAUACACAAAGGCUAAUAAAACCUUUAGAUUUUUAUUAAAUGGAAGCAUAAUAAAUACUAUUCAAAAUUAUCGAAAAGUAAUAUUUAUCCAAAGGGGUAAAUAGCAUUUACGGUAAUUGACAGAAGGGACCAUGAUUUCGACUAAAAUCGUCGAUUUAGGACUUAAUAUGUCGGUCAACUCAAACGGAGCUAAUUGUAGGCAAACGGUGUAAGUUUAGUAAAGACAUUGUACAAUAUCGGAAGCGUUCGGGAAUUUCCGGCCUCACCAACCACCUGACAAUAGACUACCACUAUUUUCACGUAGGCCUACUUUAAAGCAAGUAUUUUGUACAUCAUAUAACUGACAUACAAAAUACAAUUUAAUUCACAAGACAAACCAUCCACAGCCAUUCUCAUCGACAAGUUAUUUAAAGUACUAAGCGCUCGGCUCUUUUCCGGGCCGUUUGGUGGCUUAUGUAAAGAUUGGCGCAUGGUUUGUCUUCAAAAUUGACCUGAAUUUUUCGGGACCCAUCGGUCACCGUGGUUUUCCUUCGUCUUUGAUGGAGUCUGUCAAGGCACAAUGUCUAGUCGUUUGGGUGGAACGAUAAACCAAUGUCCCGUGUACAUAAUGUAUUAUGUAAAAGAAGCUUUUGAUAGUUGGAAUUCGAUUAGGGGGAAACACCGUUGGUUGCCCGGGCACACUUUCACUCAUUAUACAAUACAUGACGUAUGUACGUCUGGUGCAGAACAAGUUGGAUGUUAAACCCCGUAUCAUUGCAUACUAAAAGUAAAAGAAUACAAGACGCAUGACACCACCCCCUCCCCUCCCUUCUCACGAAAAGACUGCUAUUUGUAGGGCCUAUUGUGUUGGGGUUGUCGUGGAGAGAGUGAAACUCAAAGACUGUCCCCGUUGCCCAUGGUGGUACAAAUUAUCUUCGCCACUUUGUUUUGUUUAUGCUAACUAGUACCUGAUUGUGAUUUUAGUAGACGGCCCGAUUUAUUCUGAAUGGUCAAAAAGUUGACGGGGACAUUUAUUUAAUUUAUUUAUUAAUAAUAAGAUACGAAAUUAGAUAUUGUUGUUUAUUUGUUGUUUGUUUUUGUAAACAUUUUAUUCAUUGUUAUUGAAUGGAAUAUGAUCGUAUAACAAGUCAUCUAUAUAGUUACUAAAUAAUAUUCUUACAAAUAAA